GAGGCCGCCCAGGACGCCGGCCUCCUGCGCGGGCUGACCCUGGUCACCGGAGUUGCUGCGGAUGCGUGGGCCGCCGAGCCAGCACCAGUGAGCCACGAGAAAUGUACGGAUGCCAGAAGUGAGGAGAAUGCCCGCGGGGUCCCUGAGGUGCCGGGGCGGAUGUGCUGCUCGACCUGCGGGCAGGUGUUCAGCAGCCGGGAAGAGCAGACUGAGCACUACCGUCUUGACUGGCACCGCUUCAACCUGAAGCAGCGACUCCUGGGGCGCCGACCUCUGCCAGUGGAAGUGUUUGAAGAGAAGACCCGCGCAGGUGACGUUUCCAGCAUCUCAGGGUCUGAUUCGGAGAGCUCCGAUGCAAGCAGUGAGUCGGAGAUGCUGCCCCCUGCCAGCAAUAGCUCUGGGACCACCCCGUUUCCCCGCUCCCACAAAGUGCUGCUCCGCAAUGCGAAGGGCCAGCUCAUCUCUGUCUACCGCUGCGUGCUGGGCACCGGGAAGGGCGGCAGCGAGGAGCCAGCCGAGCUGACGGCGUCGCUGCAGAGCCUUGGUGCGAGCACGUGCUGGGUUGUGCUGAUGAUGGGCGGUGGGCACUUCGCAGGGGCUGUGUUUCAGGGCCCCCAGGUGCAACAGCACAAGACCUUCCACCGCUACACAGUGCGAGCCCGUCGGGGCACAGCCCAGGGCCUACGGGACACCCAGACCCCAGGGUCAGCACCCAGGUCGGCUGGAGCCUCCCUGCGGCGUUACAACGAGGCCGCGCUGCUCAAGGAUAUUCAGGACCUGCUGGCAGCCUGGGCACAACACCUGAAUGAAGCUCAACGCAUCUUCCUCCGGGCCCCACGCCACAACCAGGUGCUGCUCUUUGGUGGCAGGAACCCACCCCUCGCCCGAGGCGACACUCGUGUCUACCACAUCCCCCUCAACACCCGGAAGGACACACCGCUGGAGGACAUCGCUGGAUCCCCUCGGAAGGGCUGGCAGAAGGGGCGGCAGAAAGCAGAGGUGGAUCCCACUCGGGAGGACACAAGUGCCCCUGUCUUACCACCUCCCUCAGCCCCAGAGGAGGAGGAAGAGGAGGGGGAAAGCCCUUUAGGGGAACUGGAGACUGUGGAAAUGACACUGGGGACCUUGGACCUCCGAGAGUUCGAAGUGAUGCCCAAGCGAAACCGCAGAAGGAAGAAGAAGAGGGACAAGAAGGUGGAGAAAGGGCCCCGUGCCGAAGAUUCCGGAUGCCAUGGUACCCAGUGUGGGCAGCCCAGCCUGGAGCUGCAGGGGGUAGCUGGGGCUGUGCCCUUUUCCUGGUAUGAUGAAGAAGACCCUCAGUCCCAGGUCUGCAAUGUCCUCUUCACCUCCAGCAAAUUGGGGGAUGUGAGGAUGUUGCGACACCUCCUGGGCUUGUCGGAGCACGGGGGCCUGCUGGAGGACGACGAGGAUGGGGUGAGCACAGAGUCCCUGGAUAUCCCCCACUCCCUGCUCAACCAGCCCGUGGAUGAGCAUGGCUCCACCCUGCUUCACGUGGCGGCAAGUGCCGGCGAGGCCGAGGCUGUAUGGCUGCUGCUGGAGGCGGGGUCCGACCCUGCCCUCAGAGACAGGCAGGACAGGACACCCUACUGCGUCUCUGCUGACAAAACGACCCGCAACGCCUUCCGCAAGUUCAUGGUGGACCAUCCGGACAAGUACGACUACAGCCGUGCCAAGGUGCCAGGGCCCCUGACGCAGGAGAUGGAGGCCAAGAAGCUGGAGAAGAAGCGGGCGCAGAAAGCCCAGCGGAAGCAGCGGGAGCAGGCGCAGAGCACCUCUGCUCUUCCCCACAGCCGCUGCUGGCAUUGUGGAGAGUCUCUGCUGGGCCGGAUCCCUUUCCAUUACCUCGACUUCUCCUUCUGCACCACGGCCUGCCUGCAAACCCACCGCCGGGCCCGGGCCCAGGCCGGCCACAUGCUGCUGCCCGUGGCGAUGGGACAGAUCCUGACGCAUCCGGACCCCCCAGCCCUGCCUGCGGGCAUCCCCUAG